AUGGAUUUCAAGUAUCAAUAUUCUAAUCAGACGCUGCGACCAUUCUAUGCAGGUAGCGGAGCAGUUGCUUCUUUGUCUGAAGACGGCACGGUACUUGCCUGCUCAGUAAUCGACGAAAUUAAUAUAUUGACGACAUCGGAGCCUAGUGAAGUACUGCAUCGAAUUGAGAACGACGACGAACAAGAUAUCACGGCGCUUAAGUUAACCCCUAAUGCCAAAUAUCUCAGUUUCGUAUCGCAGGCACAAUUGCUCAAGAUUUUCGAGUUGUCCACUGGGAAAAUCGUACGGUCCAUCAAGCUUUCGUCUCCGGUCUAUGUUAUGGACUGCGACUCUACGUCGACGUUAUUGGCUUUGGGAGGUACUGAUGGUAGCGUUAGUGUGAUUGAUAUCGAAAACGGCUACAUAACACAUUCUUUGAAGGGUCACGGCGGGACAAUUUCUGGUUUAAAAUUUCAUGGGGCGUUAAAUAGCAGCGAUUGGCGCUUGGCCUCUGGAGACACGAACGGAGUCGUCAAAGUUUGGGAUUUGGUGCGAAGGCAGUGUUCGCAUACUUUGCAGGAGCAUUCUGCUGCGGUAAGAGGCCUCGAUUUCCGCUCGGUCGGCGAACACCUGCAACUUUUGUCGGGUGGGAGAGACGAUGUCGUGAACGUCCAUCAAAUAGGAUCUACAAAAAAAGCCAAGCUUUUGAAGACAAUUCCGGUUUACCAGCAAGUUGAAGCAUGUGGUUUUCUUCCGGGUCACGAAUUAAUCUAUACAGCUGGUGGAGGUGCAAUUUUUCAGAUUGUGUCUCUUGACACUGAAGUGGCCGUAAAAAAGACAGCGGCGCCCAUUGAAGAGCUUUUUAUUAUAGGAGUUGUGCCUUUGAAAGGUUCUAGCGAGAUGGUUUUGGUACUUUCCGAUCAAACUCUUCUUACAAUAGAUGUGCAUCAGGCCAUUGAGAGUGAUUCUGGUGAAAUCGCGAUUGCCCGCAAGAUUGCCGGUAACCAUGGUACAGUGGCAGACAUGAGACCUGUUGGGCCUCACUUUGACAAAUUGGCGUUGGCUACAAAUUCCCCAGCACUGCGAGUGAUACCUAAUAUUAUCAAUAUGGAAGAUCAUGAGGAGGAACCGAAACGCACCGAUAUAUGCAUAGAUGUGGACAUUUACGAAGCGCACACGGAUUUGCUAAACUCACUUGACGCAACAGAGGACGGAAAAUGGAUUGCUACCGCUUCCAAAGAUGCCACUGCGAUAUUAUGGCGAUACCACGACUCGAGCAAAAAAUUUGUUCAAUACGCCAAAUUUACGGGUCAUGCAGGGUCCGUCACAGCUAUUGGGCUGCCUAAUGUUGUGAACAAAGGCUGGCCUGAUUUUGUCCUGACAGCCUCUAGUGAUCUAACAGUAAAGAAAUGGAUUGUGCCCAAGCCGAGCACCGACAAUGCUCUACACGUCAUUAAAGUCUCAGAGUACACCCGGAAGGCGCACGAGAAGGAUAUAAAUGCGCUCUCAGUUUCGCCGAACGAUUCUGUGUUUGCUACAGGCUCAUACGAUAAAACUUGUAAAAUCUGGAACGUCGACACCGGUGAGUUGCAAGGCACAUUAAGUGGACACAAGCGUGGUCUGUGGGAUGUCUCAUUUUGCCAAUUUGAUAAGAUCUUGGCGACGGCUUCUGGUGAUAAGACUAUAAAGAUUUGGUCAUUAGACACUAUGACUGUAAUGAAGACGCUGGAGGGCCAUACUAAUGCUGUUCAAAGAUGUUCGUUUUUGAACAGGAAUAAGCAAAUCGUUAGCACAGGCGCCGAUGGGUUGGUUAAAAUAUGGGACUGCUCGGCUGGAGACUGUAUUAGGACCCUAGAUGCUCAUGCGAACCGAAUUUGGGCUCUCAGCGUCUUACAAGAUGGUGAAUUACUCGUAACGGCGGACGCCGACGGUGUAAUCAAUUUUUGGCAAGACAGGAGUGAAGAAGAGAAGAAGGAAAAUCUUGAGCGCGAGAAACUAAAAGUUGAACAAGAGCAAUCUUUGCAGAAUUUCAUGAGCCAAGGUGACUGGACAAACGCUUUUUUACUUGCAUUGACACUUGAUCACCCAAUGAGACUUUAUCGCGUACUGAAAAGCUGUCCACCUAGCUCCAAAGCAGGCGUGGUGUUUAACCAAGAGCUUGAUGCUGCUAUAGGGUCUCUGGCUGACGAUCAAUUGAAAUUGGUCAUUAAAAGAUGUCGGGAUUGGAAUACGAAUUUUUCCACUUACGGCGUCGCUCAGAAAACGAUCAGAUGCAUCUUCGAUCAUCACAACAUAGCGCAAUUGUCUGAAAUUCCCGGUGUUAUGCAACUCAUCAAUGCUCUCGUUCCUUACACUGAGAGACAUUAUUCUCGCAUAGACAAUUUAGUGGAACAAACUCACGUUUUGGACUAUUUCUUAACGCAAAUGGAUAACUUUGUGUAA